AUGAGGGGCGCAGACACCCGGCCCACCGGUUCCGGGCGCCCGCAGGCCCCAGGCGCGCAGACCCACUGGCGCCUCAGACAGAAGCUCUGGUUCCGGCGCUGCCGGCACAUCCCCGCUCCCGCAGCCCCGGACCGAACCGGCGUCAGCACGCAGCUCCCCCUCCUCCAGGAGCGCCCCCCGCCCCGCGCCGCCGUUCCCUCCCGCUUCAGCUCCUUGGUGACAGCGUUGACACCCAGGCCCAAGAAAAAGUCUGAAGUGGAUGCUAGAGAUAAAGCCAAGAUGAAGGACAAACCACAGAGAAGAUCUGCAAGGUUAUCUGCUAAACCUGUUCCUCCAAAGCCAGAGUCCAAGCCUAAAAAGGCCCCUGCAAAGAAGAGAGAGAAGGUACCCAAAGGGAAAAAAGGGAAAGCUGAUAUUGGUAAGGAUGGGAAUAACCCUGCAGAAAAUGGAGAUCCCAAAACAGACCAGGCACAGAAAGCUGAAGGUGCUGGAGAUACCAAGUAA